UAAAUAAAAAUACAUUUGGUAAAGUUUGAUUAGCAGGACCUUUUCAGGAGUUGGUACAGAUAAAUCUGCUUUCUCUGAAAGCUGGAGUAGAAAUCCUUGUCUCCAACCACAGAGUGGGUGCAGGAAUGGGUGUGAGCAGGGAAUGGCUGCAGGAAUGGGAGUAAGCAGGGAGUGGGUGUAGGAAUGGAAGUGUGAGCUGGGAGUGAGUGCAGGAAUGGGUGUGAGCAGGGAGUGGGAGUGUGAGCAGGGAGUGAGUGCAGGAAUGGGUGUGAGCAGGGAGAGGGAGUGUGAGCAUGGAGUGAGUACAGGAAUGGGUGUGAGCAGGGAGUGGGUGUAGGAAUGCGAGUGUGAGUCGGGUGAAGAGACGCAGGAUUUCCCCCAGGUUUCGGGGCGGGAACCAAACCAGGUUUCGUUUCUGGCUGCUGCUGGUUUUGAAGAUCGCGCGUAAAGUCGGUUUGCAGCUUCCGAGUGAGCGAUGAGCCAGAGGAAGGCGCCGGGCCGAGUGGGAGCGAGCUCCGGAGCUGGUGCCAGGGCCAGGGGGGUCGGCAGCGGGAACGCAGGGAAACCAGGCUGCUCGGGCCGAGCGGCCGCCGGCGGCCCGAAAGGCCAGGCGGGGAGAGGAUCCAAGGGGGAGGUACUGCGGGAGAGCAACAGUCCCGCAACAACCCGCCUGAAGAACAGCGGCAGCCCCGGGGGGGAUGUGGGGAAGAGCGGGGGCAGUAAGGCGGGGGACGGCAGGAGGACGGGCAGCGGGGUCCGGGGGAAGGGGAGGGCGGCUGCCGGGGAUAGCAGCAAUGUCCCCGGCGGCAGAAGGGCCGCGGAGCUGAACAAAGUCCUGCGGAAUGUGGUGGAAAACCUGAGGAUCAAGUCGGUGCAGAAAUCCCGGGCAUCGAGACAGGUCAAUGAGGUGGUGGAUCACUUACUGCGGUACAUCAGGAAGGAAUCUGCAGGUUGUUUCACUGACAUGGAAAAGUUAUCGAGCGGCAGCUACUACGAGAACGUGAAGAUUUCAGAACCAAAUGAAUUUGACAUAAUGAUCGUCAUCCCUAUUAAAAGAAUUGAGUUUCUGGAAGUGGAUGCUGAAGGUGCUUUCUACCAAGUGAUAUUUAAGAGAAAUCCAGGUGCCAACCCCCUCAGUCAGUUUGUUUGCAAUGACACACUAUCAGCUGAAGAAAUGAUCUGUUACCUCAGGAAACUCAUCAAAGAAGGGGCAAAAACUCUGUCAGAAUACAAUAUAAAAUUGGAAAGAAGAAAGCCAGGAUGUCCUGCUGUGACCCUUCAGAUUGAGGACAAGGAAUAUGGGCCAAUCUCACUGGACAUGGUUUUGGCCCUGGAGGUUCAUUCACAGAGCUGGCCUAGCAGCACCACUGAUGGUCUAAAGAUUGGAGAUUGGCUGGGAAAGAAAGUCAGGAAAGAAUUCAGAAUGAAGCCGUUUUACCUUGUACCAAAACAUCCACUUAACCUGGCAGAAGGAACACGCAGUCAAUCACAGAAAGAAGUGUGGCGGAUUUCAUUCUCACAUAUUGAGAAGAUGAUGCUCCUGAACCAUGGCAGCUUAAAAACUUGCUGUGAAAAUGGAUCAUCUAAAUGUUGCAGGAAGCCCUGUCUGAAGCUUUUGAAAAACCUCAUCCAAAAACUUAAGGAGAAGAAUCCUCGCAUUCUGGCAAAUGUCUGUUCGUACCAUGCAAAAACAACGCUGCUGCAUGCGUGUGUCAAAAGACCUAAAGAUGAAUUGUGGCCUUUUGAAGAACUUGAUACCUGCUUUCUUCAGCUGGUGGAUGACUUCAUCGAACACCUGAAGACAUCCAACCUUCCUCAUUUUUUCAUUCCUACCUACAAUCUCUUUAACCCUUCUUUAUUUGGUUCAAAAUGCAGGGAAACACUGUUGCGUCUAAUUGAAAAUGAAAGGAAGAAUGACUUUCCAAUCUUCUGAAGGCCCAAUUAACUGUAUAACUGUGACUGAUGAUUCAGUUUGAGAGAAACAUAGAUGGUAGGAGAAUUUGAGAAGUUUAGUUUAAAAGUAACCUCUGGAAUCCUGAACUAAAUGCAUACCAAAUACAGCACAUAGGUAAGGAAGCUAUGCAAAAUGUUUGUAAGUCACUGGUUACACCUCAAGCUGGAGAACUGUGUUAGCUUUAGUGAGUGUGCAGAGAUUUACAGGAACAGUGCUUUGGAUGAGGGACACAAGUUGUGCAGAGAAACUGAACAAGGUGGAAUUAUUCUCACAAUAGCAGAAUGGGUUAUGAGAGCUUUAACAGCAGUGUUUAACUCAUAACAUAUUUCUGAUUCAGGAGAUAUUGAGGCUGAGAGCAGGGACAGUAACCAGAGGGGGACAGAUUGAAGAUAACUGGCAAAAGAACCAGAGGGGAGCACCGCGUUUUGUCACAAUGAGUUGAUCUAUAAUGUGCUGCUGAUGAAAUGGCGGUGGAAGCAGCUUCAAUAUUUGAAAUUACUCAAAAUAUUCAAACAAUAAUUACUUGAAAAAGUGAAAUUUAUCAGGCUAUUGUGAAAGAGCAGAAGAAUGGGAAUAAUUAGAUACUCUUUUCAAAGAGACAACUUGGGCACAAUGGGUUGGAUGACCUCCUUUUGGUGUAAUAUGUCACUUUGUUCUAUGAAAUGAGAAUCUGAUGGAAUUAUGCAAUACGUUUUGAACCAAUUUGGUCAAAUACUGGAAUUUUGCUCUCAACUUGGUUAAUUUACUGGGGUUUAAAAAUGCACAAACGAUUGAAUUUAAUACAAAGACAAGCAAGUUCAAGCAUAACAGUGCAGCAAGAACUUCAGGCACAUUUUUAGAAGAGCCUGAACUUGGUUAAUCAGUUAAAUCUGUCUUUCCAUAUUUAGCAUUAAACCUGAAGCUAUAUGGAUGGACAUGGUUAGCUCACUGGUCGGAUGACAGUGUUUGUAAUGCACAUAGUGAUGCUAACUGCAUUGGUUCAAUUCUCACACAGGCUGCAGAUACAAUGAACGCCCCAUCUUCUUGACCUCACCCCUCAAGUUGAGCCACCAGUUGUCUCUCUCUAACAAGAGAGCAGUCCUCUGGGACUAUGAUGACUUUAUGUUUUUGUGGCCAACAGAGCCAUCACUGGAUGUAAUAUGAGUGUGACUAGUUUACAAUGAACAAUUCUGAAUACAA